GUAAAACCUUUGAGAAGAAACAGUCUGAUACUUCCCCCCAUGUUACCAGAAGAAGUCUCUACAUUACCAGUGUUGAACUUGGUGCUGUGUGGAAGUGAUGAACUCAAAUCUUCAAUAUCAGAUCUCAUUCUGAAGCAGACAGAACUGAUAUCAGAUCCCAGAUCAGAGUGUUUAAUGAGGAAGGGUGUGGUGAGUGGAUACCAGGUCACACUGGUAGAGACUCCGACUCUCUACAACACUCAGCUCUCAGAAGAGGAAGUGAAGCGAGAGACUCUUCAGUGUGUAUCUCUUUGUAAUCCUGGAGUUCAUGCUUUCAUCAUCAUCAUACCUGUUGGUCCACUUCAGGAUGAAGAUAAAGCAGAAAUCAGAAUGAUCCAGAGGAUCUUCAGCUCCAGAAUGAAUGACCACACCAUCGUCCUCUUCAGCAACAGUAACACUGAUGAAACUGCAGCAAUAAACUUUAUUAAACAAAGUUCAGAAACAGAAGAACUUCUCAGCAUGUGCAGUGGUAGAUACAUCAUGUUACAGAAGACAGAGAGUAAAAGACUCCAGCAGGUACCAGCUCUGUUGGAUCAAGUAAAGAAGAUGGCGACUACCAACAAGUUUUAUUCUCUCCUGAUGUAUGUUGAAGCACAAAGAGACAGAGCUAUACAAGAACUGGAGAACAAACUGGCUGAACAGGAGGAGAGAAUCAAGCAGCUACAGAAACAUCUACAGCGAACAUGUGCUGAUGGUGAAUCACCUGAUUCUGGGAGUCUAAGAAUUGUCCUUUUUGGAAAAACAGGAAAUGGGAAAAGUGCAACAGGAAACACCAUCCUUGGACGUAAAGAAUUUCAGUCUAGUGCCAGCCUGACCUCUGUGACAAAAAUUUGCCAGAAAGGAUUUGGAGAGGUUGAGGGUAAAUCCAUUGCUGUUGUUGAUACUCCAGGACUAUUUGACACCACAUUGUCGAAUGACGAAGCAACUGAAGAAAUAGUGAAUUGUAUCUCACUCUCUGCUCCUGGACCUCAUGCCUUUAUCAUUGUGUUAAGUGUAGGACGAAGCACACAAGAAGAAAUGGAGACACUUAAUCUGAUCAAAAACAUAUUUGGUACUGAGGCAGCAAAGUUCACCAUAGUGCUGUUUACACACGGAGAUGAUCUGGAAGAUCAGACCUUGGAGGAAUAUAUCAAAACCAGCGAUCAUAAAGGCAUAGAUAAACUAAUCAGGGACUGUGGUGGAAGAGUUCACAUGUUUAAUAAUAAAGAAAAGAAUGAUCGUACACAAGUCUGUGAUCUUAUCAGAAUGAUAGAAGGAAUGAUAAAGUCUGACAGAAACAAUUACUUUACAAACAAGAUGUUUGAGAUGGCAAAAAAUUCCAUCCAGCAGAAACAACAAGAAAUACUGAAAGAGAAGGAGGAACAGAUGCAGGCUGAAAAAGAAGCUCUGAGAUACAAAUAUGAAGAAGAACUGGAGAAGAUAAGGAAGAGUAUGGAGAAAGAGAAAGAAAAGCUGGAACAGGAGAGACGUGAAAGAGAAAAAGUGUUUAAGGAAAGAGAAAAAGCUCUGAGACGAGAGUUUGAAAAAAAAGAAGAAGAAGAACGAGAGAAACGGAGGCUGGAGGAUCUAAGAAGAUCAGAAGAGGAUGAACAACAAAAGGCAGAGAAUGAUCGCAUGUUGGAGAAGAUGAGGAAGGAAAUGGAAAACCAAAAUUCUACAUUUCUCAAGCAGCAAGCUGAAAAAGACGAGGAGGACCGGAGGAGAGCAGAAAGAGAAAAAAUCGAGAGGGAACGUUUUGAACGUGAACAAAUGGAAGCAAUGGAAAAACUAAAAAUCAGACAACAAGAAGAGAUUAAAAAGAGAGACGAGGAGGAACAAAAGAGAAGAAAAGAACAAGAAGAAGAACAGGAGAACUGGAGGAGGAAAAUGAAGGAGGCAGAAAAUGAUAAAAAGGAGAUAAAAGACGAUAUUGAGAGAAAAUGGAGAGAACGAGAAAUGGAAUGGAAGAAGAAGUUGAGAGAAAGAGAAGAAGAACACAAGAAAACAAAAGAGAAACAUGAUAAAGAAGUAAAAGAACAGGAAGAAAAACAAGAACAAAUGAAAAGAAACUUUGAGAAGGAAAGAGAAGAUGAAAGACAUAAAAGAGAAGAGGAAAGAGAACAGUGGAAAGAAACUGAAAGAAGAGAAAGAGAGCAGAGAGAGCGAGAGUAUGAGGAAUACAUAAUAAAAAUAAAGAAAGAGUAUGAGGAACGAGAAAGAAUUAGAAAAGAAGAGUGGGAGAGAAGAACCAGUGAGGACAAUAUAAGAAGAGAAGAAGACAGGCAGAGGAUAAAGAGAGUAAAAGAGGAAAUUGAAAGAGAGACAUGGGAAGAGAUCAAGAAAAGAGAGAAGAAAGACAGAGACAAAAGAGAGAAAGAAGAACAAGAGCGUGAGGAAAUGAAAAAGAACUACGAGAAGAAAGAGCUGGACAUGAAGAGCAAAUAUGAAGAUGUGGCUAGAAGACAAGCUGAGCAAUUGAGUGAUGUUAAAGCUCAGUUUGAAAAAUACGCAGAGGAACUGAUGGCCAAGUACCAGAAAGAUUACUAUGAUCUGUACCGCGGUUCACGGCAGGAUUAUGAUGAGCUCAAACAGAGCAAGGAGGAAACAGAGCGUGAAUUACAUAAGAAGAUAGAUGAGCUUAAAAAAAGGAAAUGUACUAUUCUCUAAGUACUUCUAAAGUACGUCUUCUGUUUAUUAUUGUCUUGAUAUUUACAGUUCAACAAUCCAAGGUUGGUUAGUCAGAGAACAUACACUGCCUUGCCAAAAAAAAGGUCACACACUCUAAUAUUUGGUUGGAGCUUUGAUUACGGCACACAUUCACUGUGGCAUCGUUUCCACAAGCUUUUGCAAUGUCACAACAUUUAUUUCUGUCCAGAGUUGCAUUAAUCUUGCAACAAGAUCUUGUACUGAUGAUGGGAGAUUUGGAACACUGCACAAAGUCUUCUCCAGCACAUCCCAAAGAUUCUCAAUGGUGUUCAGGUCUGAACUCUGUGGUGGCCAAUCCAUGUGUGAGAAUGAUGUCUCAUGCUCCCUGAAGCACUCUUUCACAAUCUGAGCCUGAUGAAUCCUGGCAUUGUCAUCUUGGAAUACGCACGUGCCAUCAGGGAAGAAAAAAUCCAUUGAUGGAAUAACCUGGUGGUUCAGUAUAUUCAGGUAGUCAGCUGACCUCAUUCUUUGGGCACAUAACGUUGCUGAACCUAGACCCUGACCACCCGCAGCGACCCCAGAUCAUAGCACUGCCCUCACAGGCUUGUACGGUAGGCACUAGGCAUGAUGGGUGCAUCGCUUCAGCCGCCUCUCUUCUUACCCUGAUGCGCCCAUCACUCUGGAACACUGUCCUUCCACUUUUUAAUAAUGCGUUGGACAGUUCUUAACCAGAUUUUAGUAGUUUCACCUUCUUCUUAGAUGUUUUCUCUGCUUGAUGCUUAUACUUUGACCCUUCUGAAACAGAUGAACAUCUUUUCCACGACCACAGGACGUGUCUUUCCACAUGGUUGUUUAACAAAUGAGAAGCUACUCACUGCAUCAGUUACGGUUAAAUAACUUGUUGCCAGCUGAAACAUAAUCAUCCAUGCAGUAAUUAUCCAAUGGGAGGCUCUUACCUAUUUGCUUAGUUAAAUCCAGGUGGUGACCUUUUUUUUGGCCAGGCAGUGUAUCUUUUGUAGUCAAUAAAGGAAAGUAGAUCAAAAGUACUAAUAUAGCAGUGGUUCUCUACACCCAUAUCUAAUCACCUAGUUGAUUAAGAACAGCCAGAGAAUUAGUAUUACAUAGAAGUAGACUAAAGGUUUAAACUGAUAGAACUAUUUUUUUGGUCCCAGGACCAAAAAAAUCCCUGUUGAACAAAUCGAGGGCAACAGUGACACGGAAAAACUCCCUAAAUAUUUUUGAGAGGAACCAGGCUCAACAGGCAGUUGUCCAUCCUCCUCGGGUAGCCUAAAGCAUCAUUUAUGUUAAUUAGAAUUGUAAUAAAUAGUAGUUAUACAUAUGAAUAAAUAAACUCAUUUACAACAAA